AUGCAUUGGAGAAGUCUUUUUAUUCUGAAUGGAUGUAAGGUUCUCCUGGACAGCGGUCAAUACUCGCGUCGUCACGAUAGGGUUUUAGAGAUCAUACGUGAAGCGGUUAGUCUUUCGGUAGCCAGAGCGCAAAGGGAAAUAACCACAAACGAGCGAUCAAUAGGUUUUGUGAGAGAGGGCACCAGGGCUAUAAAAUCAAACGUCAAGCCUUACUCUAUCCUUAAAGCGGCUUCGGAUUGGACUAUCAUGAUGGGUACGUAUGAGAAACAAUACAAAAUCCCCGAGGAUAUUUGUGCGUCGGCCUCCAGACCAGACAUAUUUCUAUAUUCGCGUAUUUUAAAGCGCGUUGUGAUGAUAGAGCUUACGGUGCCUUGGGAAACCAACAUCCCCAAAGACCAUGCCAUCAAGGUCAAUAAGUAUUACGAGCUCACUAACGAACUAACUCGAAAUAGGUUCGUCGUUGAUUUGUACGCGGUAGAGGUGGGAGCGAGAGGUAUAACAGCUAAAUCUCUCUAUAACCUACUAAAAGACUUGGGCCUGUCCAGAACUAACAUUAAUUCAUUCUUAGAACGUACGUCGAAGACAGCCCUAGUAGGUUCUUUUCAAAUUUGGUUAGGUAGGGAGAGGAACUUGGACAGUGGAGGUGAGCGUAUAACGCGCGUUAUUUAA